AUGUUUCCUGCAUUUAAUCAUAGUGGUUAUACUCCAAUGAAUAUGUCACAUUAUGCUGCUUUUAUUAUGACUAGACCUCCAGUGAUACCAAUGACAACAACAACAGGACCCAUUCCACUUGAAAAUAGGCCACCAAUUAUGGCAACAUUUAUUUCACUUUAUGUAUUGAUAUUUUUCUUUGGUAUUAGUGGCAAUGCCCUUGUUGUUCUUGUUGUUUGUAGAAAUAAAGCCAUGCAGACAGUCACAAAUGUCUUCAUUACUAAUUUAGCACUUUCAGAUAUUCUUAUGUGUUGUCUGGCAGUACCAUUUACACCUAUAUCAGCCUAUGGUAAUACUUGGCAUCUUGGGAGAGUAUUAUGUCAUUUAGUACCAAUGUCAUUGGGUAUUUCAGUCUAUGUAUCAACAUUGACAUCAUUGGCUAUAGCAGUUGAUCGUUAUUUUGUUAUUGUGCAUCCAUUUCGUUCACGGAUGCGUUUAGGUGUAUGUAUAUUAUUAAUAAUUGUUAUAUGGGUUGUUGGUAUAUCUAUAUCAUUACCAUUAGCAAUAUACAUGCGAUUCGAUAGCGUCAAAUGCGAAGAAUAUUGGCCACAAUAUACAUCUCGACGUUUUUUUAAUUUUUCAUCAUUAAUAUUACAAUAUUUAAUUCCAUUUUCGGUUAUAUCAUUUAGUUAUUAUAAAGUAUGGGUUGCACUUGCACGUCGUUCAUUACCAGGUCGUACUCGUGUACGUGAAGAAGUUGAAAUAUGUCGUAAAAAACGUACAAACCGUAUGCUUAUUGCUAUGGUUGUUAUAUUUGCUAUUUGUUGGUUACCAUUAAAUAUUGUUCAUAUGGUUGCAGAAUUUCAUCGUUCAGCAUUAAUUCAUUAUAAAGUUUUAUUUUUAAGUACACAUGUUAUAGCUAUGUCAUCAACAAUUUAUAAUCCAUUUUUAUAUUCAUGGUUAAAUGAUAAUUUUCGUAAAGAAUUUCAACAAAUAAUUCCAUGUUUAUUUAAAGUAUGUUGGUGUUUUAAUCGUCGUCGUGUAAAUCAUCCAUCAACACAAUUAACAAAUGUUGUCGAUGGAGAAUUUUUUGAACGUCCAUCAACAUAUCAAAUACCAGCUGAAUCAACUAUAGCAACAUACACUCAAACAUUUUCUCAUGUAAAAAAUUCACAAUCGAAUGGAAAAAUAAAUGGUUUACCAAUGAAAAAAUUGAGCAGUCAAGAACCUUGUCUUUUAUCUCCUCUUGAUGAUACAUCUAUACAAUUAAAUCCACAACAAGAAACAAUAUUUAUGUCAACGAAUACGAAUUCAAAUCAUAUUUGA